AUGUCCUCUACGAAGAAAUCAAGCUCACGACACAAUAGUGCCCCGGCCCUUAAACAGGGGACCUUAGCCUUUUCUGUAAAGCGCACAAACUCCCACACCACUACUAAGGCGAAAGGGCCUCUACCACGACGGUCAUCCCCUUUGAUUGAAAAGCAUGCAGCUGAAGACGCAAUAGACUUGGAGGUAAACAACGAGCAGGACGGUGACGCCGUGCUGGAGAUAUCUUCAGAAGAGGAGUACUCGCCAGCUUCUGUGAAGCGAAGUGGAACUCCCAACGCCACGAAAGCAUCGAUAUCCAGCCCUGCCAAAAGGCUAAAGGAUAAUCCUCCUGCUCUUAAACCCGUGGGACAACGGCCGACAUUAGAUGUAUCGGGCAAGGCCUACCGCAAACACUAUGGACGCGUGCGAGAAAAGAUGGGCAACCUUGAACCGAUCCAUUCGGAAGGGCAGAAUAGAAUCCAUCAGAUACUCCGCGUGUUUGACAUGUCCUACGAGUACGGUCCGUGUGUUGGUAUGUCACGUCUUGAGCGUUGGGAGAGAGCCUCUUCGUUUGGUCUUAACCCACCUGAUGAGGUUCGGCAUAUUCUCUUGACUGAAGAAGGUGUCGAAAAAGAUGAAUAUUCUCAAUGUGUUCUCUAUGGAGAAGUGUAG